AUGGGCAAGCGCCACAAGAAGACACACUCCUUGUGCCCCCGGUGUGGGAAGCGCUCCUACCACACGCAGAACAAGAAAUGCGCUGCAUGCGGAUACCCUGCAGCCAAGAUCCGCUCUUAUGAAUGGUCGAAGAAGUCCAAGCGUCGACGAGCUCCAGGCACAGGACGGAUGAGGUAUGUGAAGCACAUCGCCCGACGCUUCAAGAACGGCUUCCGCGAGGGUGGAGUUGCGCCCGCUCGCAAGAAGCGCGUGGACCUCAGAGAAGAAGGGCAGGUGCUGUCGGCUAGCUACAGCAGAGACCACCUUGGUCCCAAAUCCGUGGCAGACGAGCGCACGGCUGCUCUCUCAGUUCUGCCACCCUUGUCGGGGCUGACACUGCAGAUGGCGAUGCACGAAGCCUUUCUGCCGGUGUGGUCUUCCAAGCGCACAAAGUCCCAGCACCAGUGCAGCUGGCUCCAACUUCUGCUCACGAACUCGCGAUGCACCAUUUUGGCCCGAACGAGGACAAUUGCCGGUGACUCCGUGGCGCUCCAUGUGGAGGAGAACAGCUCCGUCCUUGAGGUGAAGGCAACUUUGGGAAUCCAAAAUGAAGGCCUUUGCUUUGGAGGCCAGUGGUUAGAAGACGAUGUGAUGCUGAACGCAUACCAGGUGACUGAGGGCUCGACUCUCAUGGUCAUGGCGCGCUUGCCCGGAGGUGGAGACGGCACGCCCGCAAUGGGCAAGCGCCACAAGAAGACACACUCCUUGUGCCCCCGGUGUGGGAAGCGCUCCUACCACACGCAGAACAAGAAAUGCGCUGCAUGCGGAUACCCUGCAGCCAAGAUCCGCUCUUAUGAAUGGUCGAAGAAGUCCAAGCGUCGACGAGCUCCAGGCACAGGACGGAUGAGGUAUGUGAAGCACAUCGCCCGACGCUUCAAGAACGGCUUCCGCGAGGCUAGCUACAGCAGAGGCCACCUUGGUCCCAAAUCCGUGGCAGACGAGCGCACGGCUGCUCUCUCAGUUCUGCCACCCUUGUCGGGGCUGACACUGCAGAUGGCGAUGCUGCAGCUUUGCACUUUUUGUGGCAUCUUGUGGCCAUGGGCUGCUGGCUCUCAGCUCGUCUUGUGCCGCUCGGCCACCGGCAUGCUAGCGUUGGAUAGCGUUGGCCCUUGUGUGACGGGCGAAGAUGUGAGGCCUAUCGUUUUUCUUACAUUGCUGGCGGAGGAUGCUGCUGGGCAAGAUGGCAGCACAUUGCAGGUACCCCGCAUGUUGGACUGCGAGGGCGAAGGCUGGCCUAAGGAGUGGCGCUAUUUUCGGCUGGCCGCGACAGAGGCGGUGGCUAAUGGUUUCGAACGCUCAACAGCCUUGGAGUCAAUGGCUGCAAAGAUAGAGGAGCAGUGGCAUCACUGGGUCUGCCCGAGAGCUCGGUUUGGAGACGAGUGCCUCAGCAGCUCGGAGCUUGGCUUCGAUUUCGUUGCUGAACUACACAGAGACUGCCGUGACUCGAACAACUUUGAGCGCUACCUCAUCAGACACUACUUUGAGAAUACCAAGACAGAAUACCAAGCGCUUCAGGCACCGUCCGGCUUCUGCUUGUACGGAUAUUUGACCGCUUUGAUGGUGCUUGCCUGGCACAAGCUUCCGGAGCAUGUGGCAGACGCUCUGCGCCAUGUCUACACAGCUCGGCACCUUCUGGGCCACUACCACUCCUUUGAUUUUGUGGAAUCCUCAUCUUGGCCCGUAUCCUCAUUCCUCGUGCUGGUAAACUUCCAUGCCGGUGGCACUUGGAUCCCGCUGAAUGCUGCUCCAGACUAUGCGCAUCCCGGGCAGCUUGGUUCAGCCUUCUAUUACGAGCGGCUGGCCUGGCGUGAGACCGUCGAGGCGGCGAAGCCUGCACCUGGUGCCGCCCCGUUCUUUCUACUCCCGGGGGAAGGUCCGCCGGGCGAAUGGCGCGGCCUUGGGGCCCAAGUGAGUCAGCGACAUCUGAUUGUAUGGCAGUUUUGUAUCCACACCUCGACAGCUGGCGAAGCUGUUACGAUGAUUAGCCGCUUCCUUCGUGACGACUACAGCAUUGAGUUCCGUGGAAACUCACUUGCUAUGCAACUGUGCGCCAACUAUCGGCCUUCCCUCUGCGCGUCUGGCAGAAACCGAGAGUACCUGGAUUGGCUGUCCGCGCGACUUGAGGCGGAGGAUGCAUCUUUCUCCGAACUGUCCAGCAGCUUUCGGCAAGAGAUGAUGCCGCAGCUUUCUGAAGCCGAUGUGUGGAUGUGCUCCAUUCCUGCGGUGUGGUGUCGGCUCUUGUGGGAUGCGGCCCAAUGGUCCCGUGCCCGGCCAGCGAUCUUCGCUUAUUUAGGCCUACCUAUACUGCAGUAUGUCCAUCGAGAUGAUCGCACGGCCUUCUUGAAAGCUUUCGUGCAGAUGGGCAAGGAUGAGAGAACCAUCGUCGCAGCCAACAACGCAUACCUGGCCGAGGAGGUCGCAUGGCAAACUGGUCUCAGGAUUCCAACUCUUCGAAUCCAUGGCUUGCACACAAAUGCCACAUACUACCCGCUUCGCAAUUCUGAGGUUCUGGUCUCACGGCCAGGAACCAGCGGUGGAUGGCAAGAGUGCGUUCUGGAUCGUUUUGUGGAUGUGAAUCCUCAGUACCCGCUGCGCUUCGUGCAGUUCACGAAUCUGCUGAACCCGGACACAACCGAAGAGGUCUACAACAACACGCUCUCCUACCGAUCGUUGGCGCAGUUCCGUGCGGUGGUGGGGUUCCCCUACGACACGUCGCUGAUGUUCUUUUGGGAGUUCUACUCCAUGAACAUGCCAACCUUUGUGCCAUUCCAGCUGUGGCAUUGGGGCGUGUUUGGUCAGCACACACGGCCCGAUUUGGAGCAGCCCAGACUCUUUCCCAGUGAAGGCCCCGUGCUGUCGACACUGAUCCCUGAAGAGGACCGAUUUCCAUACUCACCCUUCUUUGAUGGCUUUGGCCCUCUUGACGUGGAGCGCUCCAUCUUUUGGUCCAAGUACACCGACUGGGCGAUGUUCCCUCAUGUGCAGUACUUCAAGUCUGUGCCGGACCUCAUGAUCCAGCUCAUCACGCUGGACUUACAGGAGCUGUGCGAUGGCGGCAUGGGCUACGGUGUCACUUUGCCGUUUGAGGCGGGUGGCUUUCCACUAUUGCUGAGCGACCUGCGGUUUCAUGUUCAGGCAUGUAACUUGAUGGAGCUGCGGUCUCCAGAAGACCUGGAGUGUCCGAAGUUGGUGGACGUCAUCAUGGCAGAUGCACAGGACCUGGGAAGACGAAGUCCUGCAAACCAGCGUGCGGGCCUGAGGUCAUUCACCCAUCGUGAAAAGCCGCGGGAUUCACCAAAGCGUGUCGAAGCCUUGGAUGCAAGGUGCGCGACACUGGGCAUCUGGGCGUUGACCUUCCAGGAGAUCCGUCUUGGUCUUGGCAUGCUCAAGACAGGAGGUACAUUUUUCUUUCGAUUUGGCUGGCGUGGGCGUGGAGAUCAGGAAGAGCACUGGUACCGCGAGGCGAUCAUGCGCCUACUCGGGCUGGUGAUCACUUUCUUUGAUGAGGUCUUCCCCUUCAAGUCAGAGAUCUAUCACCAGGCAGAUCCCUGCUUCUACGUCGUUGCCAAAGGCUUCCAACGACCAGGACGGUGCAAAUGUGUGAAUAUCUCAGGCUACGAGUCUGCGACUUUGGAAACGAGGCUCAAGAGUGCAAUCCAGAGCAUUAUUGCCUGUGAAGCAGUGGGCGAUUUGCCGGAGUGCAUCGAGACACUUGCGGAGUACUCCACCCCGGAGAACCAUGAACGCAUAGACGAGCUCCUGGACACUGUGAGCCGUGUGCGUGCAAUCGGCCUCUCCAGCCGAACUACUGUGGAGGUUCGAGAGAGCCCAGAGGCACAACUAGUCAUACGACCUGUACCCUAUCACCUGACCAUGCCGCGGCUGCGUGAACGCAUGGAGUGUUACGGAAAGAUCGCUUACAUCCGACGGCGUUCUCAUCCUGUGGGCGUGGGUGCAGACGCAUUGAUCCAGUUCGUCCAGCCAGCACAUGCGAGAAUGGCACUUGAGGCUGUGAACGAGAUGAAAGUUCUUGGAGGAACAGUUGUGGCGAGGUCUCCCUCUUGUCACACAGUUCGUUAA